AUGACUGAAGAGAUACCAAGCUACAAUCAAGAGGAGACGAAAUCAACCGAUGCCGCAUCCAUAAUAUCGACCGCUUCAUCGGAAUUUGAUCCGGUCCAAGAAAUCGCAUUUCAGCUUGGCGUAGAUUUCAUCGAAUACUCGGAUUUCGAAGAUAUUCGUCCCAUCGAGACGGAGGCCAAGGCCGUCGUGAAGCGAGCAAUAUGGAAGGAAUACUCACGAGAGGUCGCCCUCAAACAAAUCCUUGGUGAUGAUGCCGAAGAGAUCCAUAAGAAGUUGGAGACCGAGACGAGACUCGCCGUCGACAUAUUGGCCAAAAAGCGACGCGAACAACCGGCACCCAACACUCCGGAGGAUUACGUGAAGUUGUACGAAGAUUGUUGGCAGCAUGAUUCUGCGUCAAGGCCAACGAUCGAUGAAGUCUGUGAUAAUAUGGAUGAAUUAUUGAAGGAUGACCCGCUCUCGGCACAUCUUAGGAAAAGGAGAUUGACAGGGUCUGAUGAAGAGGAGUUCACAUUCGAAGAAGAACCCCUGCCACAAACGCCUCCAGUCAAAGCAGAAAACGGACAUGCACAUUUGUCGAAUGAGAAUCGCGAAAUUAAAAAACAAAAGUAA